AUGGCCGGCUACGACAUCGAAGAGGGAGCUCUCUUACGGACGUGUCAGAGCAAGGAGUCCGUGACCUCGGUGAACAGGUCAUGCAGCCAUUGCUCCGUGACCACCGUUCCCGCAGUUCCCGGAGCUGGGGUCGUCGUCUACGACACGCCUUCCUUCGUUCAGGGCGCCCAGCGUAGCCAGCCCCUGGUAAAUCCCAUCCACACCUCGGUCUUCGAACUGCUUAAGAUCGGCAUCGGGCCCUCAAGCAGCCACACCGUGGGCCCGAUGCUGGCCUGCCGGAACUUCGCCAAGCGCUUGGUGAAAAAUCCGCCGCUGCUUUCCGAGGUCGCCUCGAUCACCGUGGAGCUCCGCGGCUCCCUGGCUCUCACGGGCAUCGGCCACGGCACCAACAAGGCCUGCGUUUUGGGGCUCCAUGGCGUGGCGCCUGCUGAAGUGGACCCGGCCACCAUUGAGCCCUUCCUGGCAGAGGUCAAGGAAUCCGGCAAGCUCAUGCUGGGCUUUCGCGGGGAGUUCAAGGAGAUCUGCUUUGUCGAAGAGGAGGAUAUCCUGCUUGUGGCAGAAGAACUGCCGCUGCAUCCAAACGCGAUGAUCUGUCGAGCGCUUGCCAACGAUUUCUCUUGCGUGCUUGAAACUCGCUACUACUCCACCGGAGGAGGCUUCAUCCUUAGCGAAGAGGAGAUGUUGGCAGCGGAGGGAGCGGGAAGCGCGGGGAGUGCUGGAGGGGAUGCUGCCGCAGCGCUGCCGCCCCUGCCUUUGCCGUUCCGCAGCAUGACAGACUUGCUGGACAUCUGCCGCGCCCACAGCUUGGACAUCGCCAGCGUCGUGCGACGAAACGAGGAGGCGCGCCGCUCUCCAGCACAGGUGGCGGAGGGUUUGCAGGAGCUUUGGGCCGUGAUGGAGCAAUGCAUUGAGAGGGGCCUGGAGAAGGAGAAGGCCAACGAGGCCCUGCCAGGGCCGCUGCAGAUGCGGCGUCGGGCACCUUCGCUUUAUCAGCUGGCCUUGGAGGAGCAGCGGCAGCGCCCGGAGGAGUCCGGAAAGGCUAUGGCCGUAAUGGACGAGCUGCGAUGGCUAAAUUGCUAUGCUUUGGCUGUGAUGGAGGAAAACGCCACGAUGGGCCGGCUGGUCACAGCGCCGACCAAUGGUGCCGCUGGCGUUGUGCCGGCGGUGCUGGCGUAUUACAUGAGGCACCUGCGAGCAGCGCAGGCGGAGGAAGACAGGAAGGAUCCCUCCACGUACCUUCUCACGGCGGCUGUUAUUGGCAUCCUUGCCAAGGAGCGGGCGGUGAUCUCUGGAGCUGCGGGUGGCUGCCAAGCAGAGGUGGGAACUGCCACGGCCAUGGCGGCUGCAGGUUUGUGUGCCGUGCUCGGAGGCAGUCCUGAGCAGGUGGAAACUGCCGCGACGGUGGCUUUAGAGCACAGUUUGGGCAUGACCUGCGACCCAGUGCUCGGGCUUGUGCAGGCUCCGUGCAUCGAGCGGAACUCCAUGGGUGCGACGAAGGCGGUGAAUGCCGUGGCUUUGGUCUUAGCUUCCGCUGCCUCGCCCUCGCCCUGGCUAAGCUUGGACGGCGUCCUUCGGGUGAUGAAAGAGACGGGCGCGGCCAUGGAUCGACGAUACCGUGAGACGGCGCUCGGUGGCUUGGCGGCGGACUACGAGCGCAGCCUUGGCGCCACGCCAAAGCUGCAGGAGAAGGUGAAAGCGACGAUGGGCUUCAGCCGAAUUCAGACCGGGACUCACAAGCAGCUGCGAAGGCAAGUGACCUACGAGGACUUAGAAAGGGAUCUGAUCACAAGACGCAUUUCCUCGCAGUCGAUGUCCAAGUGCUAG